GGACCUUAUGCACUGAAAUGAAACGGAAGUUCCAGUGAUUUUAUUUCAUCAAUACUGUACUCGUAGACUACACAAGUCCAAGAUAUAACCUCCCAACAACAGAGAGGCGCUUCAGAAUUUGAUAUUUCCUUAGAACUAUCUCGUAACUAUACUGAGGGGGUUUUGUAAGGAGACUGUGUCUGAUGAAGAAUAUUCCAAGGACCAUUUCCAUUUAAAAGACAAAUUCCAGCUCAGGUACAACAUAGGUGAGAUGAUUUGACUUUCCUCAUGAAGAUGACAAUGUUUGCUUGUGGAUUCAGUUUCGUCAUUGUGGACAUCGUGUUCUUUCUUUACAAGACAGGCGAAUCCAUGUUGGAUGCCACAACUCGACCAUAUUUGGUUCGUGCCGUGUGUUACGAAAUGUUUAAAGAUGAACAGGCUAAGAACGAAACCACUUGCAUGAAUUUAGAUAAAUACCCCGUGCUGGAAGAUUACGUCCAAAGUAAGUCUGGAAAUUAUCUAAUCUAUUACCGACUAUUGCUAAAUAUUCCUGCCAUUGCGCUAUCGUUAUUCUGCGGGUCAUACAGCGAUCGGUAUGGCAGAAAGAUCCCCAUCCUACUCCCAAGUCUAGGGAGCGUAUUCGCUGUAAUGCUUUAUGUUGCCAGUAACAUGGUGCCUGAACACAGGAUAGCGCUAAUUUUAGGGGGUUCCGCUGUUCAGGGAUUUUUUGGAAAAAGCUCAGUUAUAACAAUGGCUGUCAAUAGCUUUGUGUUUGAUUUGUCAGACGCGGGGGAUCGCACCCGGAAUCUUGGAAAGCUCUUGGCCAUGAACUUCUUUGGAUUAUUUAUGGGGUCAUUAUUCUCAGGAAUAUUUCAGGACGUCCUUGACCUCAACGCCGCUUUUGUGUCGGUUGUGAUUCUCCAUGGAGCGUCCAUUCUAUUCACCAUUAUCCUUGUAGACGAAACUGUGGAACGGAAGGAGACUGAGGAUAACAAGACUUCAUCUUGUGAAUUAUGUGAAGUGUUCAGACCGUCAAACAUUAAAGAAACACUAGCCGUCAUGUUCAAAUCUCGUUCUGGAAACAAAAGGACCAUAAUUCUGGUAUUGUUUAUGGUUUCUUUAGUGAACCAGACCUGUAAGGUCGGAGAGAUGGACAUCAAUCUAUUGUUCGUGACCCGAUCUCCUCUGAACUGGUCCAAGUCCUGGUAUGGCUACCUCCUGUCAUUAGACUAUGCCGUGAUGGGACUGUGCUUAUUCAUUUUUCUGCCUUUAUUCUCCAAUAAGAUCAUGCUUUCUGAUGUUUCCAUAAUGAUAUUAGGAAUCGGUUGUAAAUUCGUCAGAUUGAUAUGGGCUGGAUUCUGUGAUGAAUCUUGGAUGGUAUUUGUUUCCGUUGCUAUAGGAGCGAUGGCGGGAAUGAUCACUUCCGCUCUGCGCUCAUUGGUCAGUAAGGCAGUGCAUGUGGACGAAGCAGGAAAAAUGUUUUCUCUGCUCUCGUGUGGCGAAACAUCUUCCAAAUUCUUAGGUACAUUGAUAUUUGUCAAUCUGUAUAGUGCUACAGCUCAUAUAUUCCCAGGUAUUGCGUUUAUGGUAGAAGCUUUCAUAUACUUAAUCUUAUUAGGAGUCCUUGUGAUAAUGUAUAAGCAGCUGCGUGACCUUCAGAGCUGUGACUUGUUACAAUCGCUCAAAGACCAAGCAGAUUAUGGCGCCACCGGAAGUCACCAAUCAAAGAAAAGUAAGCAUUUACCGGAAAUAGACGAAAUGGAAGAGAAUCAAGCACACCCCUCGAUGUAUCCCGCCACAACACCAUGAUCCGCCCCCUGACGAUUGCUGCGUGUUCUUUACAAGUGUUCAGUAAUACUAGAUUGAGGAUCGAAUUAAUCAAUACUCGUCGUUUAAUAAAGCUGCCAAAUCAAAAUCAACCACGUGUUGUCCAUUUUUUUUUUU